AUGGGUGAUUUUUUGGAAAUGUUACACAUAACUGCGGAAUGGUUUUCUGAGUUGUCGAUGUUUCCCUUAUUUGACAUUGCACAUUAUAUUUUGAUGAUAGCGGCUGUACGAAAAGAUGCCGGCAUUGAAUUUUCACGUAAGAAUCCAUUGGCAUGUUGGCUGUGCAGUCUGUUAUCAUCUUUUGCUGGUGGUGUAAUAGCAAAUUUUCUUCUAGCACAACCAAUUUUAGGAGCCUUCGAGAGUCCCGUAAAUAUUGCAACAGCUACCAUUGUUUGGUAUUUGGUGUUCUAUAGUCCAUAUGAUCUGUUUCAUAAAAUUGUAAUGUGGUCACCUGUUUAUCUUGUUGUGCUUGCUUUGAAAGAAGUAACAAGACCAAGAAAAAUACUGGGUGGAAUCGCUCAAACUGCGAAAGUAUUCCCUAAAGCCUACCAUCUUAUGGUUCUUAUAGGUGUAGUAAAAGCAUCUGGUAGCAAUUGGAUGAAAAAUUUUGAAAGAUUAGCCCGUGGCGUUUGGACACCAACCAGUAAUGAGUUAAUGAAACCUUCAUUUGUUUUAAAAGUUUCCGUAGUUGGUAGUGUUCUAUUUGUUCUACAAAAGCAAGGUACAGUAUCGAUGUCACAGGAACUACUGUUGUUACUCUACUCGUUAUUCCUAAUAUUUUGGAAGGUUUCCAUGACGCUGGUUAGUGUUCCAGAUCCGUUCGUACCGCUCGAAGGUCUCUCUUGUUUCAUCUUCUUUGGGAGCGAGGAAGAUACUCGUGUCAAGAAACAAACUGCCGAUCGAAAGAAGAAGAAAGAGUAA